CUGCUGGUGAUUUUGAGUGGAAAUAUGAUUGUGAAGAUAGGCGCUGCCGCAGUCGUCAUGUACUCAUUUGUAGCUUCCACUAUUGCUUCCACGUUUAUGCUAUUUUUCGGACAUAAUCAACCAUAUGUAAUAAUUUUCUUCAUGUUUUUUGAUAGUAUCGCUGUGCAUUCAGUUGCUCCACUGUUUCAAGUUCUCUUAGCCGAUUUCAUUGACGAGGAUGCUACUCAUUUCUCAAGGCAAAAACCGAUUUCUUCUACAGUGUACAGUUUAGCCGCUUUACUGGUUAGGCCAGCGCAGUCAGUGGCACCUUUCGUUAUCGUUAUGAUCCUAACUCAAUAUGGAUAUAAGGAAUAUCAGGCAGACAGUAUGGCAAGCGUACUUCUUGUUAAUUGUAUGUUUUACGUUCUUUGUUUCACAACAAUGCUGACCGGUACUGUACAGUUGCUCAUUUUUUAUCCGUUUUGUCGACAGUGCAUGCUAAAACGCAACAAAAGUGACAUUCUUGUGUAG